AUGCUGGCAUACCCGGUAAGGUUAAUCUCUCGAAUGGAUCCUUUGAAGUACCUGUUUGAAAAACCAGCUCUCACGGGGAAGCUGACACGCUGGUUGCUUAUGUUGGCAGAGUUUGAACUCAAAUAUGUCACAAGGAAGUCAGUAAAAAGAAGGGCCGUUGUGGAAUUUUUGGCUGACUAUCCGAUUGAAGGAGGAGAAGAUGUCGAGUUUAAGUUUUCGGAUGAGGAUUUGAUGAUCAUAGCCGAGGAUGUUUGGAAGUUGUACUUCGACGGGGCUGCUAAUCAGAAAGGGUUUGGAAUUGGUGUGCUAUUAAUAGCACCCGAUAGAUCCCACAUACCGCUUGCAUUCAAGCUAAAUUUUGAAGUCACCAACAAUCAAGUAGAGUACGAGGCUUGUAUUAUUGGCAUGGAAGCAGCCAUCGAAAUUGGUAUAGAAAAAUUGGAAGUGGUGGGAGACUCGAACUUAGUGGUGUCACAAGCCAAUGGCGACUGGAAAGUCAAGGAGGAAAAGUUAAAGCCGUAUCAUCAAGACCUUGAAGAUCUCAUCCCUCAUUUCAACAAGGUAACUUUUAUUCACGUACUGAGGCUCAAGAAUCAAUUUGCGAAUGCUUUGGCAACGCUGGCAUCCAUGGUUGAAAUCCCUGUCAGUGUGAAACUAAGACCCAUUAUGAUUGAACAAAGAGAUUCCCCGGUGUACCAGCAUGUUAUGGUUAUUAAUGAACCUGAUGAUGGCCACCCUUGGUAUUAUGACAUUUGGAGAUUUGUGGAAAGGGGAGAAUAUCCUACAGACGCAAGCAAGAAAGAUCGAAUUGCUCUCCAAAGGCUCGCAGCCCAAUACAUCAUCUGCGGGGGAAAUUUGUAUCGGAGGUCACACUGUGGAAUGCACAAGCUAUCUAUCUAUAGAGCAGAAGCGGAAAGAGUGAUAAAGGAGAUUCAUGAAGGAGUUUGCGAACCUCAUAUGAACGGCAAGAUGCUCGUCAAGAAAAUUCUCAGACAGGGAUACUUCUGGUCCACCAUGGAAACGGAGUGUUUAGAAUAUGUACGGAGAUGUCAUAAGUGUCAAAUCCAUGCCAAUCUCAUGCAUGUUCCACCAUUAGAACUGCACCAAAUGACUUCUCCUUGGCCUUUCUCAGUAUGGGGAAUCGACGUUAUUAGAAGAAUCACACCGGCCGCGUCCAACGAUCACAAGGUCAUCUUGGUUGCAAUGGAUUAUUUCACAAAGUGGGUAGAAGCUGCUUCUUACACAACCCUGACUGCUGUACGAGUUGCACAUUUUAUCAAACAUAAUGUCAUCUAUCGGUAUGGGGUUCCUCAAGCGUUCGUGUCAGACAAUAGGGUUCACUUCAAGGGUCGAGCUAAGGAAGUUAUGGAGGAAUUUUAG